UGCAGUCUGUGGUCUACGUCCUACGACUCUGUGAUUUGUGAUUUCACUUGGAGUCUGGAUAUUAAGACUAUAUUUUCAUGUUUAGAUUAUUAUAAAAUAUAAGAAAAUUUAUCAAAGAAGUCGCAAUACUUAAGUCCUUUUGGAUUAAACAAUAAACAAGCUUUAAAAUGUUAAAGGUGUACUCCAGGAUAAAUCAAAAUUUUUAUCCUCAAAAACAUCUACCCAAUACUUAUUUUGGUGGUAGCUGCAUACUUGGAAAAACUAUUCACAAUACAAUAUCUCUAAAGUUUCCCCAAGUUGCUGCUCUAAAGUUGCCUACAAAUGUUGUCAAUAUUAAUGCAACAGAAAUGGGAAGAUUUUCCCCCCUUCGGGAGCGUGAUAUCUCAGGUCCCGUUAUUAAUGCUUACAGUGAUAAGCUUAACAUGAAAAUUGAUAUCACUGUGCAAUCAGAUCCUUAUGUAAACAAAUAUGAUUGCCGUGGAGCAGUGAGUUUAUCUUCAUCAAUGCAAAGUAAUGUGCCAAGUCCAUUUAGUGGCAACCAUACUCACUUGGGUAUGCCAGGUUCCCAAUGGGGCCAAGGAUAUAAGUACUUGUCUGAUAACCUUCAAAGUGCUCAUUAUCUCACUCUCCGAAAUGAAUAUCGGGGCAAUAUUGGAGCAAUUGGAACAAGAAAAAUGAGUUCAAAUGCAAGUGAUACAUUAAGUGCUAAGGAAAAGUUAAAAAAAGCUGUUAAGGAUUAUGGUGCUACCGUAAUAGUAUUUCAUGUGACAAUCUCACUUAUGUCCUUGGGAAUUUGUUAUGUGCUGGUUUCCAGUGGUGUGGACUUAGUGGCUGUGAUGAAAUAUUUUAAUAUUGAAGAAGGAAAAUUGUCAAAUAUGAUUACAUCCAAUGCAGGGACUUUUGUCAUUGCUUAUGCUAUUCACAAAGUUUUAGCACCUGCCAGAAUAGGCAUCACAUUGACAUCAACACCUUUUAUUGUACGAUACUUAAGAAAUAAGGGUAUUUUAAAGGCAACAAAUGUAAACAAAGGUGGUGGAAACUAAUAAUUUUUGUAAGACAUGUAACACAACUGUAAUCAAUUUUAAGUAACUUGUAACAUUUUCUUGGUUUUAGCAAUCAUAUUGUUUUUUUUUAAAUUUAAAUAAAUAUUUUCAUAAUAAUUA